CUCUUGGCGGGACGUCCAAUCUGUCCCGAUGAACAUUCUGAUCUUGAUAUCCUAAUCUCAGAACCUUUGUUUUGGGGUUCUGGGGGCUUUAUGAUGGUUACUCCGUAAUGUUUGGCAGCACGUCUAAGGUCUGUUCCCAAAAUAUCCGAGUGUAAGCCAAGCAUCCCCCAUCCCAACCCCCAAAACACACACACACACCCUUUGAUAGAUGAGUAUAAAUUGAAUUUCUGCCGUCUGUUUGGAUCAGUUUGUGUCAGAGCUUUAGACUUGUUUCACGGAGUUUUGUUUUCCGUUUUGGGAAAAGUGCUGCUUUCUAAAGGACGUUCUGUGAGGAGUCUCUAAGUGUGUGUUUGGCAGCCUCUGCGGUGUGUUUUAUAUCAGACAGCUAUGAGCGGUAAAUACAGUGUGGUGUUACAGGGUCCGGCCCCGUGGGGGUUCAGACUGCAGGGGGGGAAAGACUUCAACAUGCCUCUCUCCAUUUCACGGCUGACGGAUGCCGGAAAGGCUGCUAAAGCAGGAGUUGCAGUGGGAGAUCUGGUGCUGUCCAUCGACGGCAUCAGCACUGACGGCAUGAACCAUCUGGAGGCCCAGAACAAGAUUAAAGCCAGCUCAGACAAACUCAACCUUUCUUUGCAGAAAGCUUCAAGUCUGCCAAAACCAGAUGUGGCACCAAAGGAUGAUUGUGUGGAAAUCAUCAAACCUGUUCCCAUGACAACCUCCAUUCCAUUCUCCUCUGACAUCACAAACUCCACCCACAUCACGUCAUCCUCCAAUAGGAGCGCUCGUCCAUUUGGAGGGGCGGGGUCACCACCCAUAGCCUUCAUUCCCUCCACUGCAUCUGCUUUUGCACCCGCCUCCACAGCUCAAUACCCUAAUCCACUGUCUCCGCCCACUGAUGGCUCACCAAAUCAUCAGCCGACGGUGCCCCGCCCAUCAGUCUAUAACACACCCAUCAAUCUUUACUCUGAUGAAAAUGCCUGUGAGGUUGCCAUGGGCCAGAGGCGGGGCCUGCUGGAAAGCCAGGGUGAGAGCUGUCAGCUGAAUGGAAAGCCUGCGAUGAACAGACUUCCCCGUGUGCCAAUCACAGAGACAGACAUUGAGUUUUAUCAUGUCCCGACUCAUGGUGACGCCAGCAGGAAACGCAUCAUGGAGGACACCGAGGACUGGCGCCCCAGGACGGGAACAUCACAGUCCCGCUCCUUCCGCAUCCUCGCUCAAAUCACCGGCACUGAAUCUGAACUCGAUCGCGCUCAGGAGGCUGAAGCAGCAAAGAAAACCACAAAUGAGGAUGUGGAUGAUUGUCAACCCUCUGCUCACAUCACUUGUCCUGUUAAAACCAUGAUUAAAGCUCCAGCAACACCUGUCAGAAACAGCGCAGGCUUCAUUACUCCCACAUUUGGUGUUGUGAGCAGCAGUACACCUCUAGGCCCCGCCCUGGAUCGGCCCAUGCCCCGCCCACACCCUAAAGACGAAGCCUCUUUGGUUCAGCGGGCAGAACACAUUCCUGCUGGAACUCGCACUCCUAUGUGUGCUCACUGCGACAUGGUGAUCAGGGGUCCAUUUCUGGUGGCGAUGGGUAAAUCGUGGCACCCGGAGGAGUUCACCUGCGCUCACUGCAGUGUUUCUCUGAGCGAGCUUGGCUUUGUGGAGGAACAGGGCUCCGUUUACUGCCAGCACUGCUAUGAAGAGUUCUUUGCUCCGACCUGCUCACGCUGCCAUCACAAGAUCCUGGGGGAAGUGAUCAAUGCACUCAAGCAGACGUGGCACGUGUAUUGCUUCCUGUGCGCUUCCUGUCAGCAACCCAUCAGAAAUGAUACGUUUCACCUGGAGGAUGGAGAGCCGUACUGUGAGAGAGACUUUUACAGUCUGUUUGGGACGGGUUGCCGUGGCUGUGAUUUCCCAAUAGAAGCGGGAGACAAGUUUCUAGAGGCCCUGGGCGGCACCUGGCACGACACCUGCUUCGUGUGCACAGUGUGCAGUGUCAGUCUGGAGGGUCAGACCUUCUUCUCCAAAAAGGGCAAACCGCUUUGCAAGAAACACGCUCACGCUCUCAAAAUAUAGCAUAACUUUUUGAAGAACAAGCAAAAAACGUAGAAAUAUUUACCACCAAACACAGUAAAUGCCACAUUCUCUCACAUUGAUCUGUUGAAUCGCACUUUAUGCUGAGUUCAGACUGCAUGAUUUUCAAAGUAGUCGUGUCACAGAUGUUUUUACACUGCAUGACUAUCUGAGCUAGUGCUUCGUCGCUGCUUUGUUCACACGGCAAGAUGGAACAGCAACAGGGGGGUUCACACUGCAUACAAUAGGAACAAUUGCCGACAACUUUGUCCAAACUACAUCUCGCAGCCAAAAACACGUAGUAUAUCUUUUGUUAUUAACUACAUAAUGGGAAAGAAGCCUUUAAUGGGGUAGAAAAUGUACAUGUUUGCUCACCUGGUUUUUGAAGGGAAUUAACAAUUUCCCCUCCACCUUUUUCUUUUUUGACCGGGUUGUGGUGUUGCUAACAUGAUGCCUCAAACAGACACCCGGUUGUGGUGUUGCUAACAUGAUGCCUCAAACAGACACGGGCGCUCAUGCCAUAUUUAAACUAGUUUUGCCUCCGUUUUUGGGUCCAAAUAAACUGAAAACGAGCAGUUUUAACUUCUCAUUCAACCUCUCGCUGGCCUGCAGGUAAACACACUCAAGGGGCGCCUGCAGGAUUUUAUUCCAAGGUAUGCACAAAUCCAGCACCGCCCCGCCCCCUUCCGAUGGCUGUUAUUUCAGUAUUCAAACUUUAAACAACGAUUGCAUUAAGUAAAAUAAAAACAAAUAUUGUUGUUAUAAUUUAGCAAGAUUAUGCUCUUUAUUUUUGUAUAUUUAUCAUUUUAUUUUUGUUAUUUAUAAUAUUUUAUUGUCUUCAUAAUUAAAGCUAUAGACUGAUUCCUGCUUGACAUUUUAGAAAAUAUUUUGCGUAGCCACCCAGUAUAUAUUAAAGAUCACAGACAAAAAAAAAACAACAACACAGAAACAUGUUACAUGGCCCAAACAAAAUGUCCACCUUAUAUUAAACUGAAUUGUAAAAGAAAAUGGAGAAAAUUGCUUAUUUGAUUUUUAUAAAACAUUUAUUUUUGUUUGUUGUUUUUUGUUUUUUUUUAGUAAAAACAAUACCGACAUUUAAGAAUCCAUAUUUAUUUUAUUUAUUCAUUAAUUUGACUUGUUUAUUGUUGCAUAUAUAGGCUAUAAUUUAAAUCAUACAACAGUGGACAGCUACAGUGCCACAAAAAAAAAAAAAA